AUGAUCCGGACAUCAUCUAUGGCUCCGCUACAUGCUUUUCAUGCGACUCUCCCAAGACAACGGUAUCUCGGCGAAGGCUGCCGCAAAAUCAGAUCACUGAAUACUCUAAGCCGGGCACUAAGGGCAGAGGAGAGGGUAUCGGUGAACUUCAUCAAUCGUGAUGGGAAGAGGAUUUCCGUGAAGGGAUGUACUGGAAACACAUUUCUGGAUGUUGUUGUCAAGCAGAAGCUAGAUUUUGAUGGAUUUGGUGCAUGUGAGGGAACAAUUGCCUGCUCCACGUGUCACCUGAUAUUUGAGGAGGGGGCUUAUAAACAGCUUGGACCAAUCGCAGAGGAGGAGAUGGACAUGCUAGACUUGGCUGAUGGGCUCACACACACGUCUCGGCUGGGCUGUCAGGUGCGACUAAGUGAGGCCAUUGAUGGUGUGACUGCCCGUGUUCCUCAGACAGUGUCUGAUGCACGAAAGACUAAGGACAAAGGGCCCUCCUCUUCCUCCUGA